ACAGAGCUCGUAUUCCGAAAUCUUCGCUUGUUUUAUCAAUUAUUGCGAUAACAUGUAUUGCAUCGAAGCACCAGAAAUAGAAAAUGAAUUAAAAUCGUCGUAGUAAUUAUCUCAUCGAGGCUAGAAUAACAUCACGAUGGCCGGAUACAAAAUCAGGUUGAAAGCUUUCGAAGAAGCACUUUCUCAGGAUGAGAUCAAUAUGAAUACUUUACGUAGUUUAUGUUUCAAUGGUAUUCCGGAAGAGAAAGGACUUCGACCAUUGUGCUGGAAACUAUUGAUGAAUUAUCUACCUCCUGAGAGGAACUCGUGGAGUAAAACUUUAACGAUGCAGAGGAAUUUGUAUAAUCAAUUUAUAGAUGAAAUGAUCGUUACUCCUGGCAGCGAUACGAACGAAGAUACCAGUUGUGAUCAUCCACUGAGUAAUAAUCCCAGCAGUAAAUGGAAUACGUAUUUCAAAGAUAACGAAGUUUUGCUCCAGAUAGAUAAAGAUGUCAGACGACUAAAUCCGGAAAUAUCGUUCUUCCAGCAAGCUACGGAUUACCCUUGUGAUACGGUAGUAAAUAGUGGAGGACGAAAAAGACUCCAUCGUCGUGUUCAAAGUUCGGUUUUGAAUUCAGCUAACGUCGAACGUAAAGGAUUAGGAUUAACUAAGAUUGCUUUAUCGAAACGUAAAUCUAUCGACGACUAUUCGCCGCUGGAAGAAGGAUCCGAAGCACAUUGGGAGGUAGUCGAAAGGAUAUUAUUUCUGUACGCUAAAUUGAACCCGGGUCAAGGAUACGUUCAAGGAAUGAACGAAAUCAUCGGCCCGAUUUAUUACUGUUUCGCAUCAGAUACGUCUUCCGAAUGGCAAAAACACGCCGAAGCUGAUUGUUUCUUCACGUUUACCAAUUUAAUGUCCGAGAUUAGAGAUUUUUUCAUUAAAAGCUUGGAUGAAGCUGAGUGCGGUAUCGGGAUGUUAAUGACCAAGCUGACGGAUAAAGUUCGAUCGAUCGAUUACUCGAUUCAUAUGCAUUUAACCAAGCUGCAAUUGUAUCCGCAAUAUUAUAGUUUUAGAUGGCUGACUUUGUUACUCUCUCAAGAGUUCCCGUUACCAGACGUGCUACGUAUUUGGGACUCGUUGUUCGCUGAUCAAGACAGAUUCUCGUUCUUGAUUUACAUAUGCAGCGCCAUGAUCGUAUUGAUCAAGAACCAACUUUUAGAUGGAGAUUUCUCAUCGAAUGUGAAGCUUUUACAAAAUUAUCCGUCUACCGAUAUCCAAAUAGUGCUCAGCAAAGCGGUAGAAUUGUCUCAAAACAGCUAACUGUGCUCGUCGCAGAGCGAACUGAAAUGAAACAUAUCAUUAAUACUGCAAAGUGCUCAGUCUCAUUCCGCCGAAUCUUACCAUGUAUUUCGAGGAUUUGAUCAUCGAAUAGGCGAAGAAAUUUACAUGCAUGAAUAUUGUAUUUUUUUUUUUAUUUUUUUUUUAAUUCGUAUAUUAUUAAUUUAAAAACAAUUUCUGUCUAUUAUGGGUUCGCUACGUACCUACCCAACAUUGCCAAUAAUAAUAUUUUAAAAAGAUCUCCUUAUUUUGGAACCCCUUCUCGUACGCUUAUCUGAAUAUUUUUUUUUAGAUUUGUCGUACACCACUCACCAUUUAUGUAUUUUGUUUUUAUUGUUUUUUAUGUGAAAUUUUUCUAUUUUUAAAAAAUUUAAUCGUGUUGUAUAAUAAUUAAGUCGAUGAUUUUACGAUAAUAUUUUUAAUUAUUAUUUUAAUAUUGUGUUUAAUUAGCCGUCUGUGAUACCUUUUGCAAUCAUUAUGUGGAUGAUUUUUGUCCUAUAAUGUGUGGCGUGUGUUGCCCUCAUAUAUUUUUUUUCUUGAAAAUCAACGAUAUUUUACGUAAGAUUAUGUAACAGGCAUUUAUUCAAUAGUACUCAAAAAUUAUUACUUAGCCAUAUUUAAGCCUUUAAGCGUAUAAUAUAAAUUUUUAACGUA